GUUGCCGGUGUCAGUUCUCAACUGAGCUCUGAACCCGGCGAAGCGUUAGUUGGGCUCCACGGCCUGCUGAUGGUUUCCACCAUGCUCGCACGCACUCGAGUCGAGUAGUCUUCAUCGAUCCCCAACUAACCGGCACCAAAACAGCAACGGAAAUGGAGUUGAGAGCGCAGUGAGAGAAAAAGAGAAGCGCAGAGAGAGAGAUAGAGAGAGAGAGUCUUCGUCAUUGAUUGACUUCAACAACUGCUCCCAAGAAAGCAGGGCAACCUCUUUUGUGUCGUGGCCUUGUGGGAAGAGAAAGAGAAAGACAGAGAGAGAAGACUGGAGAACGGGAGAGAGAGGGAGGGGGAGGAGUGGAGCGGCGGCGGUGGCCAACUGGCCAUGGCGAGGAAGAACGGAUGGCAGCUCCCCGCGCACACGCUCCAGAUUGUUGCAAUUACGGUUUUCUUCCUUCUGGUGAUUGCUUUUUAUGCAUUCUUCGCACCAUUUCUAGGGAAACAAGUCCUAGGAUAUGUUGUAAUUGGUAUCUAUACUGCCGUGGUGUUUUCUGUCUUCAUCCUUUAUAUCCGCUGCACUAGUAUAAACCCUGCAGAUCCUGGAAUCAUGUCAAAGUUCGAUAAUGGCUUCAUCGAUGCACUUGGAAGUACUGCUAACAUACAGGGCAAGAAUUUGCCAACAAAAGCUUAUAUUGGUGCUGGAACAACCUCCCCAACGGCAACAUCUACUUGUAGGAACUCUCUAGAUGGGCGUUCUAACACUGGUGGUUUAGCUGCUGGAGACACAAAUCCGGAUUUAGGGUCUCAGCUGCCAAGAAGUUCAAGGAGCUGCUUACUUGGAGGGCUUCUUUGUGCUUUGUUUGUGAAGCAGGAUUGUAGGAAAUUCGAUGAUUCAGAGAAUCAAGUUGAUGGGGAAAACGUCUUGUUCUGCACAUUAUGUGAUGCCGAGGUUCGCAAAUUCAGUAAACACUGCAGAAGUUGUGACAAGUGUGUGGAUGGAUUUGAUCAUCACUGUCGGUGGCUAAAUAACUGUGUUGGCCGGAAGAAUUAUUUCACGUUUCUGGCUCUGAUGACUACCAGUCUCCUCUGGCUUGCUAUUGAAAUUGGAGUAGGCAUCGCUGUUCUUGUUAUAUGCUUUGCCAACAAGAAUUCAGAGAGAAUUAUUCAAGACAGGCUUGGGAAUGGUUUGCCUCGGCCUGCCUUUGCUACCAUUGUAGCAUUUUUUACUCUUCUUUCUCUAGUCGCUUGCAUACCUUUAGGGGAACUUUUCUUCUUCCACAUGAUCUUAAUCAGAAAGGGGAUCACAACUUAUGAAUAUGUCGUUGCAAUGAGAGCUAUGAGUGAAGCACCUCAAGAGGAAGAGGACGAGGAGGGGGUAAACAUUGUUUAUUCCCCAACAAAUUCAGCUACCACUGCGUUCAGUGGUGCUAGUGCACUUAGUCUGCACUACAAGGGUUCAUGGUGCACACCUCCAAGGAUUUUUGUUGAUCAGGAUGAAGUGAUCCCACAUUUGGAGCCAGGGAUGGUACCUUCAACCAUUGAUCCUGAUACUGCUGGACAUGCUGAAAGAGCCAACAAAGCCAAGAAGCAAGUCAAAAUCAGUGCCUGGAAGCUUGCAAAGCUGGACAGCAAUGAGGCAAUGAAGGCUGCUGCUAAAGCCCGGGCAUCAUCCUCUGUCCUCCGACCUAUUGAUACCCGCCGGGUUCCAGGUGCUAGCCCUAACUCUAGUGGCAAUGCCAGCAUGAGAAGCAGCAUGAGUGCUGAUUACAGCGCCAGUGGCGCCAAGGAAAGGGGGGCUGGUAUGAAGUUGUUGUCUCUUCAGAGUUCCUCGUAUCCUCAGAGCCUUGCAAGCCAGGACGAGUAUGAGUCAGGCACGCAGAGUGCUAGCAGCAGAAGCAGUCCGGUCCACAUUCACAAACCCGCGGCGCCUCACACACAGAUCAACGUGCCACCUCGUGUGCCUCCAGCGCCUCCAAGGCCUGUGCCGGCGGUACCGAGGCCGCCUGUUCCAACCACGCAGAUAUCCAAGCCAUUGUUCCAGUCAGCAACAUCUUAUGUCCGUGAGAACCGAAAAGCCUCAGUUGUUUGGGAUCAAGAGGCUGGUCGGUAUGUGUCGGUGGCACCUGCGCCCACAAGGGCAGUAGCUGGUAGUGAUCUUGAUCAACCAGCAAGAGCACCACAUUUCUUGACAAACCCAGGUAGCGAGCCAAGCAAUCACGGGAGAACCCUCUCACCCAUGAAUGCUCCUUCCUCAGCAUUGCCGUCUGGACAGCCGUCCGAGAGGUUGACAUACACUGGGCAGUCGAUAUUCUUUGGUGGACCACUUCUUGGUGGUGCUGCUGCUGAUCCUCAGAGGACUGAUGCUGCCGCCGGAGCACGACCGGAGACAAGGAGGGAUGGGUUUGGGGGAGAGAGGAGAAGAACUGCGGAGUCCUUCCCGGUGUUUGCUCCAGGAUCCUUUCAGAAGAACCCGCCGUUCAACAGGUGAGCUCAUGGCAGUAUGGCACACGUUUGCUGAACAUCAUGACUGCGACAAUGGGAUGAUUGAUCAUUGCUCAACAAUGAGCCCUGAAGAGUCCAAGGGUGAUUACCGUGAUUUCAUCGGUGAUUGUCACCAGUUCUACAAGCAGAAAAGGUGUCACAAGAAUGUUCUACAAGUCUGAGAUGGGGACAGUAGGACAUCCUACUGUUGAGCUUGAAUUCGAGCUUGAGGGCUGUGAGUGUCUUGAGUGACAAAUGAACCGUGCAGGUGUCAAGAAACCUGAAACAGGAAGCGCAAGUACAAGGCGUGACUGACGGGUGUAAAUUUUUUUGCUCGUUUCAUUAGAGUAAUCUUUGCGUCCUCUUUUGUAGUGCUUGAUAGUUCUGCAAAAUCGUUUCGAAAGGAGAAGUUUGAGAUUUGAUAGAGCUUUUUAACUUGUUUCCGUUCAUCCCCCCCCCAAAAAAAAAAAAUUCCAUUCUGUGAAAACCCACAGGAUUGUUACUGGAGUAAAUUGCAGAAGAACAUUACAUGUUUGUAGUCACAGUAAUAGUGAAAUUCAUAGUAUCAUACAGCCUGCACAAA